GAGCGACUCAGACCAGACUGAAAAAAGGGCAGGGAGUGCAGCGGAGCAGGCAGAAAGCAGCCCAGCAGACUCUGAGGGAGACUCUGAGGUUCUCUGUACAUUGACUUGUUGGAUCAGUGAGCAGCCCCUGAGCAGCGUCAGGCAUCUGCUACCUGUUGAGUUUAUUGUGGAAGCAGACAGGAGUAAAUAAUUAUUUCAGGAAAAGGAAAGGACGUUCCAAAAGAGUAGUUCUGGUGCUUAGAUUAAUUUAUUUGAGUGCUGACCGUGCAGCUUUUCUUUUUUUUUUUUUUUUAAGGGAAACUGUCAUUUCUUUGGAUCUUGCUGCCUAUCCAGCCACCACACCACUUUGAUGAAGCCUGGAACUUCUUCCCAGUAUAAAAAACAGCAGGAGGGGAAAAAGAGAACUUAACCAUCCAUCUCCAGCAUCUCUUACAGCCCACCCUCUGCUUUGGACAUUGGACACCCCUUCUCUCUCUCUCUCUCUCUCUGUCUUCUCUUCUCCUCUUUUGCCCCUUGUGCCCUCCUUCAAACACCCCCCCAACAGAGCAGAAAGCGUGAAAAAUCUCACUAAUGGCUUUAUUUGCUGUCAGUUCUGCGCAGUUCUGUCAUUCCCCUGGACCAUUCUGCCUCACACAUUUCAUAGUCGAGUAAGCCUCCGUGGCUGUCUGGCUAGACUUAACAGUGCCCCUGCAAGUCUGUGCUGACUGGGACCUCAUCAAGAGGGGAGGAACACAGCAGCACCACUCAGUCUGAGAACUUCGUGAAGAAGGACAUCCUGAAGCUUAAUUCCUCCAGUGUUUGUGAGCCUAGUGAGCAUCUUCAUCUUCUGUGAAUCAACGCUACUGGUCAUCAAUUUCUUGCAAGAUUUUCCUCAGGCCCCUUUGCAGUGAUUCAAAGUGUGAAGAUGAGGUGUGGGGCUGGCCCUCUGGCAGUGGUGGCUGCCAUGUUUUGGACUCAGUGCAUCCUUCUGGACGGAGUGGUAGCCAGGAAGGAGAGAAAGAGGCCAAAGGAGGCCGCACCACAACACACAGAGGCAUACAAUGUGACUCUGUCCAACAGCGAGGAGGUCGGCGGAGGCAUCAAGACUCCUGAUCACCAAAGAGUGGAUCCACUAGGGUCAUGGAUGGAUUUUGUCAAAAGGCCUGUUGGAAACUUCCCUGGGAAGUGUCGCAAACGCAAACGACCUCUGCCUGGACCUCCGGGUCCUCCAGGUCCCCCAGGCCCUCAAGGACCGCCUGGCUCUCCAGGGGCUGAGGUGACCCAGGAAGUUCUUUUGCAGGAGUUCAAAGAGAUGAUUAAAGAGGCUACAGAAAGGAGGGCAGCAGCACUCGACAGGCAAACAAGCCCCAACCAGCAAGCUACAGCCCUCCUUACACUGGAGGGAAUGGCCUCCUACCGCCGAAUACAAGAAGCUUUCCACUGCAAGCUCAAGGGACCUGUGGUGGUAGACAAGAAGACUCUGGUGGAGCUCCAGAACUUUCAGACACCCCCUGCUAAAGGAGCUUUCCUCAGAGGAAAAGGAAUGGACCAGUCAACAGGGAGGUUCACAGCCCAAAUCACUGGAAUCUACCAGUUUUCUGCUAAUGUCCACAUAGAUCACAAUGAAGUGAAGAGGAGCAAAAGUCAGCUUAAAGCCAGAGACAACAUCCGUGUGUUGAUCUGUAUUGAAUCACUCUGCCACAGAUACACUUCACUUGAAAUGAUCAUUGGAUUAGAAAGCAACAGCAAGAUAUUCACUGUCAGUGUUCAGGGACUGCUGGAGCUACAGGCUGGCCAGUACACAUCCGUAUAUGUAGAUAAUGCAGCUGGUGCUUCUAUCACAAUACAAAGUGGUUCAGAUUUCAUGGGCAUACUGCUAGGUGAAUAGCCUCACACUGGAGAAAGGCAUCCUCCAAGCCAUCAACUGGUGUCACAUGGUUCUUGAUAUCUUUCAAUGAACUGCCUCUUAAAACCAUGACACAAGACAGAAACCACAUGGGAUUUUUGAAGGAAAGAUGAACAGCUAAUAUUGACUUUACUGCCCAUUAGAUGGUGAAAGGACACUUUGAAGAAUUUCAAGGCUGAGUUUGUUUUUCACAAUGCACUGCCACUUCCAUGGGGAACUUGGAUGCAUGCUGCCUCACGUAUUAAAAUAACCUGAACAUGAAAUGGAGAUCAUGUUUGCCUCAGUAUAUUUUUAUGGCUUUUUAAGACCUUUGCAGUACACCAAACAUUAUUCUUGUUCACUGUAAUUGGUGGAAAAGCUAAAGAAUAUUACAUUUUACAGUCAUCCUUUUAAUAUAUAUUGAUAUGUAAUUGUUUUGUCUACAAUAUUUGUCAUUUACACACUUGUGAGAUAGUAUUUCUGGAUUUAAAUUCACAGCUACAGUAUAUAUAAAUGUUUGUAUAUUAUAUGGUGCAUAGACUCUGUGAGUACACUGGAUGAUUGAAGCUAGAUAGGCCUUAUGAUUUGGCAACAUACAGUCAUGGGAAAAACUAAGUACACCCCAGCAUUCAAAAGCUUGUAGCAGCAAUAAUUCUCACUUUUCUCCUGAAUAAUUGUGGAAGAGCUUUGGCCCACUCUUCUUUAUUACAUUACUUCAUUUCAUUGGGUUUUAUGGGCAAUCAUUUAUCUCUUGAGGCCCCUUGGGAUUUCAAUCAGACUGGGUGUGGACAUUGGUGGGGUCAUUUCAGUGACUUGAUCACUUUCUAUAUCAGGUCUUCAGUACUAAAAUUGCUGCUGUGUUUGAAAUUAUUUACAUGUUAAUGUGUCAGACAGGUGGUCUUACAUUUGACUUUAGAAUACUUCGGCAUGAAGAGGUGUUCAUGGUUAGAUUAAUGACUGCAAGGUUCAUAGUCCCUGUCUUGGUACAACAAGCCCAAACCAUCACACCUUUACUGGGGUGCUUAACAGUUUUGUUUGUGUUGAAACACUAUGUUUGAUUUGCCCAAACAUAGGCCAUAGUAGUGCACAAUGACUAAACAUCUCAAAUGUGUUGACCUCGGGGGAAACUUGCUUGGACUGGGGAAAUUAGCAAUUCAUCAGCCUUUCACUUUCUUACUAGUUAACGGUCGACUUCAAAUUCUUCAAAAAUAGCCUUAAAAUCCUUUCCAGAUGGAUUCCUUUAAUUAGUUUUUCCCAUGCCUUUAUUGACAGGGAAAUAUUACUUUUCCCAUGGCAGUAACUUUUCAUACAUUUGUGCAUCAUCCCAGAAAUAUCUCAGAAACCACUGAACAGAUUUUAAGGUCAACCCCCAGGCAAAGAUUUCUGCAAAAUGUCGGUAGGUGGCUUCAGUUACAUUCUUCAAAAACCGAUGUGCAUGGUAUCAUAAAAUAUAUGUGUCUUAGAAUGAAAUAUAAUAUAUUCUGUAAAAAACAGUAACUGUCCAAUAACAAAACCAAAUACCUCAGGAGACAUGCUAAUUACGAAACAGUAACUCGUGCUAACAUACUAAACUCUUUCAACGCUAUUAUGUUAUCAGAUUGUGCUUUCUAUUUCUAUCUGGAAGUUAAAAGUUCUGCAUCGGAAUAAUCAAUUGGAAGGUCCUUAAAUUCUAAAUUUUUACGUAUAAAGUAGAUGGUCAUUCUAAUGACGAACUCAAAAUCCAACAUGGCUGCUGUGCACAUAAAAAUAACAGUUUCAAUAGUACAUCACACACAGAACAGAGCAAAAACCAAGGUUUUUCUUUAUGUGAAAUUAAGUCUAUGAGCUCCUGUGAACCGUUUGAAUCAGAGACAAUUAGAUGAGAUGAGCUUAUUUUACCGGUACCAAAUCCCAAAUCAGGAUGUGUAAACAGAGGAAUUAUUAGUUAGAUCAUUAUUUUAUUAGUUAGCCUGGAGUCUGUUUUCAAACAUUAUUCAUCAUAAAACAAUGUCUUAGCCCAUGCACACAAAUAAGCAAAAAGAAAAACAAUGCAGUGAAUUUUAUGGGUUUAGGCAGCUGGGUACAUGUUAAAUUAAGGCUUAUCAUUGUGGAGUUCACUUAUGAGUUGUAGGUUUUCAUAUCGAAAGCUUGUGGCUGUCAGUUCAAGCAAUUGCAAAAAAAUAAAUAAAUAAAUAAAUAAAAUGUAUUCCUUUGCCAGUAAUAGCAGCCCUCUUUGUGUAGGCCACUGAAACAUUUCUUAUCCAGCUAUGCUCAAAUUAGUUGUGCUUCACUCACAACACCAAGUAGUUCUCAAUGUCGAUGUAUGAAAAGUUUAUUAGCCUUAGUGCGCAUAAUUUGUCACCUACUAUGUGAUUAGUCCAUCAAAUAGGUUUCAGUCAUUAUGAACAUCCCCAUCUCCCCUUAAUAACUGUUUUACAUUGUCCAAUAUUCUUGCAUGUGUUGCCAUGGUUGCUCACAUUGCUUGUCCAACAAAAUGGGCAGCGGGGAUGUUCCAGAUCAGAGCUCAGACUUCCAAGGCGAAUGGAAGAGAGGAUAGAUCCUCAGUGUUGACAUAGCAAAGACACUUGUAAUAAAAGCAUGCACUUCAAAUAUUAUCAAAUACAGAUUUAGAAUUUCCAUCAAAAAGUUAAGGUUCAUGUUGGUCAAACUUGGCUGACUUUUGUAUUGAAUCCAAUACAAUUCAAAAAUACUUUAUUAAUCCCAAAGUAAAUAAAGUAUUAGGGAUUAAAACAGUUUUCUUCGUUUCUUGCUCUCUCUUAACUAGUAACAGCAUGAUGUGGUUGAGGAUAUAGAAGGCCACCUAGUUCACAAAAAGAGAGGCAGAAGGUGGUACAGUAGGGGUUGUUAGGUGGGAUUUUGGGUAAUCUGAUUUCUUCCUAAAGAUAUAAAUUUAAUUAUUUUCUUCUUUCUAACCUUUUUUGCCUUACUAGUUCUCUCCAUUCUAAAAUGCAUGAUAAAUGUCAAUUGUCCAGGUUUGGAAUAUGUGAAGGUUAGCACAUAAUGAGGAUAAAAUCCACAUUAUAUUUGAUUAAAAGCCAACAGACAGGAGCAAAGUGAAAAUUUUGAACAGCAAUCAGUAAAUCUUUAAGCAAAACUUACUUGAAACAGAGAGGCAGUGGUCGAUUAUUACCGUUUUAUGUUUCUGUGCAACAAAAUGUGUGCUGCUAACUAUUUACAAUAAAAAGCAGCAAAGAUCUGCCAAACCUUUAUGUUACUAAAUGUUGUUGUAGACAUCAGUUGCUAAUGAGGAUAUCCAUUACAUCAUUAUUUUAUAUUUUUAGCCUUAAAAUUCCCUUGAAUCUCAGUUAUUCCCUUUGCUCACAUAUACUGUGUCUUAAUACACCCAAAUUUCCAAUAAAGCUGCUCAUUCAUCUA